UGCAGCUCCAAGCUGGAGAAGAUGCCAUCCAUCCCGGAGGAGCCAGAACAGGUGGAGACAGAGACAGAGUGCUUCACCAUGCCUGAUUUCCUGAAGCCACUGCACAACCUGGAUGUGGUGGAGUCGAAGGAGGCUGUGCUAGAGUGCCAGGUGGCCGGGAUGCCCUACCCCUCCAUCACCUGGUACCACAAUGGCUCCCGUAUUGACAGCACCGAUGACCGCAAGAUGAUGCAGUAUAAGGACAUCCAUCGCCUGGUGUUCACAGCUGUCAGCCGUGCACAUGCUGGUGUCUAUAAAAGCGUCAUCGCCAACAAAGUGGGGAAGGCCACGUGCUAUGCACACCUCUAUGUCACUGAUGUGGUGCCAACCCCCCCAGAUGGGCCCCCCACCGUGGCCUCAGUAACUGGUAGAGUCAUCACUCUGACCUGGAACAAACCCAAGUGGCUGGACACUGCCAUAGACCCCAACUCAGUGACCUACACAGUGCAAAUGCAAGUGCUGGGCACAAUGCAGUGGGUGGUGCUGGUGACCGGCGUGCAGGAGACCACCUACACAGUGCAUGGGCUGACCAAGGGUGCCCAGUACCUCUUCCGUGUCAUCACUGCCACCCCCAAGACCAACAGCAAGCCAUCCCCGCCUGUGGGGCCUGUGCAGCUCCUGGACCGGGGUCCCUACCUGGAGGAGGCACCGGUCAUCCUGGACAAGCCUGACGUUGUGUAUGUAGUGGAGGGCCAGCCAGCCUCUGUUACCAUCACCAUCAACCAUGUGGAGGCCACUGCCACCUGGAAGAGGGGUGGGCAGGUGCUGGGAGAGCUGGAAGGCACAUGCGAAGUGACAAUGCCGGAUGACGACCAGCACUGCCUGCGGCUGCUGCAUGUGGGCCGAGGGGCUGCAGGGCUGCUGACCUGCGAGGUGAGCAACCGUCACGGCACUGCCCGCUGCACCCUCCGCCUCCACCUUGCAGAGGCACCACGCUUUGAGACCAUCAUGGAGGACAUUGAUGUCCAAGAAGGGGAGACACCGCGCUUCGCUGUGGUGGUGGAGGGAAAACCGCUGCCGGACAUCAUGUGGUACAAGGAUGGGGAGCUGCUGGAGGAAAGCAGCCACCUGAGCUUCGUAUAUGAGGACAACGAGUGCUCGCUGGUGGUGCUGGGUGCCGCCGAACCUGACAGUGGUGUCUACACCUGCACGGCCAAGAACCUGGCUGGGGAGGUCUCCUGCAAGGCAGAGCUGGUGGUGCAGGCAGUCCAGCCCAGUACUGAUGCUGCCAUGGAGGAGGAUGCACUGCACAAGGCACAACGCCUGACUGACUACUACGAUGUGCACGAGGAGAUUGGAAGGGGGGCUUUCUCCUAUCUGCGGAGGGUGACAGAGAAGAGCAGCCGGCUGGACUUUGCCGCCAAGUUCAUCCCUGGGAGGACCAAGGCCAAGCAGUCAGCGCGGCGGGAGCUGCACAUUCUCUCGCAGCUGGACCACGAGCGCAUCGUCUUCUUCCAUGAUGCCUUUGAGAAGAAGAAUGCAGUCAUAAUAGUCAUGGAGCUUUGUGCUGAGGAAGAGCUGCUGGACAGGAUGGUGAGGAAGCCCUCGGUCUGUGAGUCAGAGGUUCGGUCCUACAUGCGGCAGGUCCUGGAAGGGAUCUGCUACCUGCACCAGCACAGCGUCCUGCACCUGGAUAUCAAACCAGAAAACCUCCUGAUGGCAGAUUUGAGCAGCGAGCAGGUCCGGAUCUGCGACUUCGGCAAUGCACAGGAACUGACGCCUGAGGAGCCACAGUACUGCAAGUAUGGCACCCCCGAGUUCGUGGGCCCUGAGAUCGUCAACCAGACCCCUGUCUCCAGUGUCACUGACAUCUGGCCUGUGGGGGUCAUCGCAUACCUCUGCCUGACGGGGAUUUCCCCUUUUGUGGGAGAGAACGACAAGACAACGCUGAUGAACAUCCGCAACUACAAUGUGGCCUUUGAGGAGAGGAUGUUCCAGGGGCUCACCCGGGAAGCCAAGGGCUUCGUCAUCAAAGUGCUGGUCAACGACAGGCUGAGACCCAAUGCAGAGCAGACCCUGGAGCAUCCCUGGUUUAAGACGCUGGCCAAGGGGAAGGUCAUCAGCACCGACCACCUCAAGCUCUUCCUCUCCCGUCGGAAAUGGCAGCGCUCACAGAUCAGCUACAAGUGCAACAUGGUGCUGCGGCCGAUCCCAGAGCUACUCGAGGACACGUCCAACCACCUCUCCAUCGCUGUGCCCCGGCACCUCAAGGAGUCACCAGCACUGUCAUCCUCCUCAGACUCAGAUGACCUGGAUGAGCUGCCCUUCAUUCCCAUGCCACACCAGGUGGAAUUCUCUGGCUCCCGCAUGUCGCUCAAUGAGAUACCCACGGAUGAUGAAACCAUUGGGCCAUCUGAGGGGCUGCAGCCAGAGGGGGAGGUCUCCGCCAUGGAGUGGCAGAGCCAGGGCACAGGGAAGCCCGGAGUGUUCCUGGGGAAGCGGCCGAGGGGUGCUGGGCCACGGCGACCGUGUGCAGAGGUGGAGGCGCCUGGCUCCUCUGAUGAAGAAGCCCCUGAAGCCCAGAAGAGGCCCGAGUACCCUCGCAAAGCCAUGAGGAAGGGUUCCAGUCUGGAGUCCCCAGGGAGUGCCCGUCGGGGAGAGCUGAAGAGAGGCGGAUCUGCCGAUAGCGCCCUACUGCUCCAACAGUCCCCUGGGACUGAGGAAGGGGCUGGAGUGGUGCGGGAUUCCCGCCGGGCCCUGGCCAAGGCAGCCUCCAUGGAGCUGCCUCGCCGGAAGGUGACCUGGGGGGAGGAUGAUCAUGCCCAGCGCCUAGAGCUGAUGCGCCAGCGGCUGCUGCGGGGCAGCUCUGGGGACAGCAAGGUCAGUGGCCUGCGGGGUCCCCUCCUGGAGACCCUGGGGGUUGGCCCUGACAAAAAAGUCCCGCGGCCAGGCCGGUUGGAGGCACCAGCAGUGCCAAGGCUGGUGCGGGCAGCCUCCAGUGAGGCCACCUCACCGCGCCUCCUCCCCUCUGAGUUCCGGCUGCAGAAGAGCAGCUCUUUCAGCCAUGGGGAUGCCGAGCCUGUUGUCCGGCACCGACGCUCUGGUGCACCCCUGGAGAUCCCAGUGGCCUGCCUAGAGGCCCAGCAGCUCAAGGAGUCCCCCUCACUCUCGGCCCUCUCUGAUGCUCGGCCCACAGUGACGUCAGACACUGCAAGCCCACCAACACCCCCUGCAGCAGAGACCACUGUCCCCCAGGCUCCCCCUGCCAAGGCCGGCUCUGGAAGGAGACACAUCCCUGAGGAACACAGCCAGCCUGGGGCCAGCAUGGCUGCUACCACCACGGGGAAGAAGCCCAUGGACAGGGAGCAGGAGAAGUCAUCCACAAAGGCUGUUGGACCCAGUGGGGAGGGGGCUGCCAGGACGGGAGCACCCAUCCCACCACAGACCCCUGCCCCUGGCCCCCAAACCCACAUAAAGUCUUCCUACGCCAAGAUGAUGCAAGCCAUGGGAGCCACGCAAAUUGGGGAACCGGCCACUGAGGAGCCCCCACCAACCACCAAGGAGCCCCCACCAACCAUCAAGGAGACUCCAUCAACCAUCAAGGAGACUCCAUCAACCAUCAAGGAGACCCCACCAGCCAGCCCUGCAAAGCCGCCUACACCAGCACCGGUAUUGAGGAGGGAGGUGAAGCCCACCAGCUCCUCCAGCUCCCUGAUCAUCCAGGACAUCGACUCGGAGGAGGUCUUCGAGGCCAAGUUCAAGAGGGGCCGGGAAUCAUCCCUCACCCGGGGUCUAAAGCUCCUCACCCGUUCCCGCUCUGAGGACCGGCACCUGGCCAGCCCCCCAGUCUCUGAUGAGGGCAUCUACCGUCCCACACCAGCUGGUGUGCCCCUGGAACUGCGGAGGGACCGGCCUAUCGGGCUGGCAGCCAAGUCCAAGUCAGUGCAGGACCUGCAUGAGGUGGAGAAGGAUAGGGGCUUCUUCCGGAGGAUGUCCAUUCUUCUCAAGCGGACCCCACCUGCUGAGAGGAAGAAGAGCGUGGGGGAGGACGGAGGCAGUGAGACCCCAUCCAGUGGGCGCCGCUUCUCUUGGAGCAUGGCCAUGGCCAGCUCCACGGAGCGGAGGGUUGAGGGAAGGGAGAGCAGAAGGGUCAGGCUGAAUUUUCCUUCACAUCCAUUGCAAGCCAAACUGGAUUUGUUUCUUUACCAACCCUGUGUUUCUUUCCUCCCAGUGAUCUCCAUGCGCUGCAUGGUCCAGUUUGUGGGCCGGGAAGUCAAGUACAGUGGUGUGUUCAGUGCCAUUGGCAGGAUAUUUAAGGAAGAAGGGAUCCUGGGAUUCUUUGUGGGUUUAGUCCCUCACAUCCUGGGGGAUGUCAUCUUCCUCUGGUGCUGCAACCUCGUGGCUCACUUCAUCAACACCUACGCAGUGGACGAUAACUUCAGCCAGGCGUCAGUGAUCCGGAGCUACACAAAGUUCGUGAUGGGGAUUGCUGUGAGCAUGCUGACGUACCCAUUCCUUCUCGUGGGAGAUCUCAUGGCAGUGAACAACUGUGGGUUGCGCGCCGGCCUCCCUCCCUACGCUCCCGCUUUCACAUCCUGGAUCCACUGCUGGAGGUACCUCAGUGCUCAGGGGCAGCUGUUCCGUGGCUCCAGCUUGCUCUUCCGCAGGGCUCCCAUCCCAGCUGCCUCCUUCCCCAUCGACUGAUCCUGGGCAGGGACAGCUGAUGGACGUGGACUCCUCCAGAAACCCCAAGCUUGUUUCGAUAUGUGUAAUAUUUCUAUUCUCCGAUCCGAAGUCCACGGUGCCAGAACUGGCACCUCCUCUCCAGCAAGGCCAGUGACAGACUGGCUUCUGGACAUCUGACUUCAGGCUCCAGCUGGACCAAAGCUCCAUCCUCAUGGCUGUCUCGACUGGGAUGUGUAGCAGAGAGAGCAGAAGGGCGUUGUCUUGUCUCUUUGGUCCAGGCUGUAGCUCUGGAGUCACUGGGGAAGUCCAGGAAUCCAGAAAAUGCCCAGGUACUAAAGGAGUUGCAGGGAAAAAAGACUGCUUCGUGCUGCCCAAGCUGAGAAGCAGCAGGAGAUCCAAGGUCACCUCACUGCAAAGGUUAUGCCAGGUGACCACCCUCCUGCCUCAUCUUUCUGGAGAGGGCACACCUUUGUGUGACAGGGAGCUCAUCCUGGGCAAGAUCAACCUGGGAUCCAUAUUUAAGGUUUAAGGGUACCUGAACACCUGGGAGCAAAACAGAGAAGGGAAACAAUCCCACUACAAAGAACAGCAGAGUCCCAAAGAGACAGGUACAGCUCAGCUCAGGGCAGUGUUGGGACAUGGACAUGGAGAGAGUGCUUGGGGAGGGAUAUAUGCUGCUGAUGUCAGGGCUUUGGGAGGGGUUUUUGUAUUUAAGGUUCAUCCAGCAGAGCUGCUGGUGUGGGCUGGGCAGGCAGGGAGGGGAGCUGGGUUGGACUGGCCCGACUGCUUUGAUGGGCAUCUCCCAGGCAGCAGCACCAGGAGCCCUGCUGGGCUCCCAAACCCCAGCAUUCCCCCUUACUGAUGGACACGGAGGCACUGGAUGCCAGUGCUGCACACCAAGGGCUCAGGGCAGCAGGGGCACACAGUCCAGGGCUGCCUGGAAUAAAGGAGCAAACCUGGAGCUGGCCAAAGGCUCACGAGACAUUGGGGUCAAGGGCUCACAGGAGCUCGGCUGGCUCUGUGUGUGUAGCAGAGCUCACGGGUGGCAUCAGGGCAGGAUUUGUGCUCAGACAAGAGUUUUUUUGCACCAGUCUGUGCUGUGAUGGCAGCCAGGCAGAUUUCCCCAUUUUGGUUCCCCCACGAAGCAGUCUUUUGCACAGAGGUGAUGCUGCACUCCCUGGGAAGAGGUUGUGGGGUCCAUGAGCAGGUUCCUGUGUGCUGCAGCAGCACCAGCUGGGGUCACAUCUCAUCCUGGUCCUCUGGGGACCCCGGCCUGCCAUCACACAGGGUUUUUCUCCAUCAGACAGGGUCGAUCCACACUUCCCAGGCAGGGUUUGCAGGACAGUGGUGGUACUUGCUGGGACUGGCAGUCCCCACCCAGCUCCCUUUGGUGUAGUGAAGUUGGUCCUGUCUGUCCUCCCUCCCUCCCUUCCUCCCUCCCCAUUUGUGCUACAGUAACAGAAGUUAAAUAAUGCAUGGACCUGUUCCCUAACACCAGAGAUGAUUUCAAAGAGGAUUUAAUUAUGCUCCAAAAUACAGCUAUAAAACAAC